CCACCUCCUCCCCCCGGCUGGGGCGCUCCUCCGCCGCCAUCAGCACCCCCGCCGCCGCCGCCUCCGUCCUCUCUCCCACCUCCUCCUGCCCUCCCAGCACCGCCGCCGCCUGGGUUCUUUCCACCAACCGACCCCCAUGUUGCCAAGUUCGCCCAGAAGAAGAAGGAAUGGCUUCGCAUGCAGAGGAAUCGCUUCGGCGAGAAGAGGAAGGGCGGAUUUGUUGAGACGGAAAAGGCCGACAUGCCUCCAGAGCACUUGCGGAAGAUCGUCAAGGAUAUUGGAGAUGUCUCGCAGAAAAAGUACACCAGUGACAAGCGCAGCUAUCUUGGGGCGCUCAAGUUCAUGCCCCAUGCUGUGCUGAAGCUGCUUGAGAACAUGCCCAUGCCUUGGGAGGCUGCCAGAGAGGUCAAGGUUCUUUAUCACGUCAACGGCUGUCUGACCCUCGUGAAUGAGAUCCCGAGAGUCAUUGAGCCCGUCUUCUUUGCACAGUGGGCCAGUAUGUGGACGGUAAUGCGCAAGGAAAAGAGCGACCGCCGGCUAUUCAAGCGCAUGCGAUUUCCACCUUUCGACGACGAAGAACCGCCCCUGUCCUGGUCCGAGAACAUCGAGGACGUCGAGCCACUUGAACCCAUUCAGAUGGAGUUGGAUGAGGACGAAGAAGCGGCAAUCUAUGAGUGGUUCUAUGACCACAAGCCGCUUCUCGACACGCCCCACGUCAACGGACCCAGUUACAAGAAGUGGAAUCUCACCCUGCCGCAAAUGGCGAGUUUAUACCGUCUAAGCCGACCGCUGGUGUCUGAGGUUGUCGACAAGAACUACUACUACCUCUUUGAGCUCAAGAGUUUCCUCACAGCAAAGGCCCUGAAUGCGGCUUUACCAGGCGGGCCUCGCUUCGAGCCACUUUACAAGGACAUUGACCCCAAUGAUGAGGAUUUUGGCGAGUUCAAUGCUAUGGAUCGCAUCAUCUUCAGGAACCCUAUCCGAACAGAGUGCCGUGUAGCUUACCCCCAUCUUUAUAAUGCACUUCCGAGAAGCGUCCAGUUGUCAGUCCACUCAUACCCGCAAGUUGUCUAUACGCGCACAGAAGACUACAACCUUCCCGCUUUCUACUUUGACACGAGCAUCAACCCGAUUUCUUCGCGGGCUGUUGCCCCCAAGAACCUUACAGUCAGCCAUGAAGAUGAGCUCUUCGGACCUGGCAACAUCGAGGAGCCGGAAGAGGACGCGUUUGAGCUGCCCGCUGGCGUCGAGUCUUUCAUGGCCGAGGAAUCGCUGUAUACGGAUGAGACGGCAUCGGCCAUCGAGCUUUGGUGGGCGCCGUUCCCCUUCGACCGCCGCUCUGGACGUACGGUUCGUGCCCAGGAUGUACCUCUCGUAAAGCAUUGGUACUUGGAGCACUGCCCGCCGAAGCAGCCCGUCAAGGUGCGCGUCUCGUACCAGAAGCUUCUCAAGAACUACGUCCUCAAUGAGCUGCACAAGAAGCAUCCAAAAUCUCUUCAGAAGCAAAACUUGCUGCGGACUUUGAAACAGACAAAGUUCUUCCAGCAGACAACGAUCGAUUGGGUUGAAGCUGGCUUGCAAGUCUGCCGACAGGGCUUUAACAUGCUCAACCUGCUUAUCCACCGCAAGAACCUCACAUAUCUCCAUUUGGACUACAACUUCAACCUGAAGCCCGUCAAGACGCUGACAACCAAGGAGCGAAAGAAGUCUAGAUUCGGAAAUGCCUUCCAUCUUAUGCGUGAAAUUCUGCGCUUGACCAAGCUCAUUGUCGAUGCCCAGGUACAGUACCGUCUUGGCAACAUUGACGCCUUCCAGCUUGCGGAUGGUAUCCUGUAUGCCUUCAACCAUGUCGGACAGUUGACCGGUAUGUAUCGUUACAAGUACAAGUUGAUGCACCAGAUCCGUUCCUGCAAGGAUCUCAAGCAUCUCAUCUACUAUCGCUUCAACGCCGGCCCGGUUGGUAAGGGUCCAGGCUGCGGUUUCUGGGCGCCGGCAUGGCGUGUGUGGCUCUUCUUCAUGCGCGGUAUCAUUCCCCUUCUUGAAAGAUGGCUUGGCAACCUCCUUUCCCGUCAGUUCGAAGGUCGCCACAGCAAGGGAGUUGCCAAGACCGUUACCAAGCAGCGUGUUGAAUCUCACUUCGAUCUCGAGCUUCGUGCUUCCGUCAUGGCUGAUCUGCUGGACAUGAUGCCGGAAGGUAUCAAGCAGAGCAAGGUCAACACGGUUCUUCAACAUCUUUCUGAGGCCUGGAGAUGCUGGAAGAGUAACAUUCCUUGGAAGGUUCCUGGACUUCCUGCAGCUAUUGAGAACAUCAUUCUGCGUUACGUCAAGUCCAAGGCCGAUUGGUGGAUUUCGGUUGCUCAUUACAACCGUGAGCGUAUUCGUCGGGGUGCCACCGUCGAUAAGACCGUUGCCAAGAAGAACGUUGGCCGCCUAACGCGUCUGUGGCUCAAGGCCGAGCAAGAACGCCAGCACAACCACAUGAAGGAUGGUCCCUACGUCUCUUCUGAGGAGGCUGUUGCCAUUUACACCACUACGGUGCACUGGCUUGAAUCGAGAAAAUUCUCUCCCAUCCCCUUCCCCAGUGUGUCUUACAAGCAUGACACCAAGAUCCUUAUCUUGGCGCUGGAGCGCCUGCGUGAGGCUUACUCGACCAAGGGAAGAUUGAACCAGAGUCAGCGUGAGGAGUUGGCCUUGAUUGAGCAGGCAUAUGACAGUCCAGGCACUACCCUCGAGCGUAUCAAACGCUUCCUACUCACUCAAAGAGCUUUCAAGGAAGUCGGCAUCGAUAUGAACGACAACUACAGCACCAUCAACCCGGUCUACGAUAUUGAACCGAUCGAGAAGAUUAGCGAUGCUUAUCUCGACCAGUACUUGUGGUAUCAAGCUGACCAGCGCCAUCUGUUCCCCGCUUGGAUUAAGCCUUCCGAUUCGGAGGUGCCACCUUUGCUUGUGUACAAGUGGGCUCAAGGCAUUAACAACCUCGACAGGGUUUGGGAGACCGCGAAUGGCGAGUGCAAUGUCAUGAUUGAGACGCAGCUCUCCAAGGUCUACGAGAAGAUUGAGCUGACCUUGCUCAACUCGCUUCUUCGGUUGAUUAUGGACCACAACCUUGCGGACUACAUCACGGCCAAGAAUAACGUUACCCUAACUUACAAGGACAUGAACCAUGUCAACAGCUAUGGUAUGAUUCGUGGCCUGCAGUUCUCAGCCUUCGUUUUCCAGUACUAUGGUCUCAUUCUCGAUUUGCUGUUGCUUGGCCCGCAGCGUGCUAGCGAGAUCGCCGGUCCUCCCCACGCACCCAAUGACUUCCUCCAGUUCAAGGACCGGGAGACUGAAACAAGACACCCGAUUCGGUUGUACACCAGGUACAUCGACAAGAUCUGGGUGUUCUUGAGGUUCACCGCGGAUGAAUCUCGCGACCUAAUCCAGCGAUUCUUGACAGAGCAGCCUGAUCCCAACUUCGAGAACGUGAUUGGUUACAAGAGCAAGAAGUGCUGGCCCAGAGAUUCGCGUAUGCGUCUCAUGAGGCACGACGUCAACCUCGGCAGAGCUGUGUUCUGGGAUCUCAAGAACCGCCUCCCAAGAUCCGUGACGACGAUUGAAUGGGAAGACACCUUCGCCAGCGUGUAUAGCAGGGAUAACCCGAACCUCCUGUUCUCCAUGUGCGGCUUCGAAGUGCGCAUCUUGCCCAAGAUCCGCAACCAGAACGAUGAGUUCCCUGUGAAGGACAGUGUCUGGUCGCUAGUGGACAACACGACCAAGGAACGCACCGCUCACGCUUUCCUACAAGUCACCGAAGAGGACAUUCAGAAAUUCAAUAACAGGAUCCGUCAGAUUCUCAUGUCGUCUGGCUCGACUACAUUCACCAAGAUCGCUAACAAGUGGAACACGGCGUUGAUUGCCCUCUUUACUUACUACCGCGAGGCUGCUGUUUCGACCGUGAACCUGCUUGACACGAUUGUCAAGUGUGAAACCAAAAUCCAGACUCGUGUCAAAAUUGGUCUCAACUCCAAGAUGCCUUCCCGUUUCCCUCCUGCCGUUUUCUACACUCCCAAGGAGCUUGGUGGCUUGGGUAUGAUUUCCGGAUCACACAUUCUUAUCCCUACUAGCGACAAGCGCUGGUCUAAACAGACAGAUCUCGGAGUUACUCAUUACCGUGCGGGCAUGUCGCACGAUGAGGAAACGCUGAUCCCCAACAUCUUCCGCUACAUCAUCCCGUGGGAAGCUGAGUUCAUCGACUCCCAGCGUGUGUGGACGGAAUACUCGCAGAAGCGUCUUGAGGCCAACCAGCAGAACCGCAGAUUGACCCUAGAGGAUCUGGAGGACAGCUGGGAUCGCGGCCUGCCCCGUAUCAACACUCUUUUCCAAAAGGACCGUAGCACGUUAAGCUUCGACAAGGGUUUCCGUGCCCGUUCUGAGUUCAAGAUCUAUCAGUUGAUGAAGAGCAAUCCCUUCUGGUGGACAAGCCAGAGGCAUGACGGUAAACUUUGGAACCUUAACGCAUACCGUACCGAUGUCAUCCAGGCGCUUGGUGGUGUCGAAACCAUCUUGGAGCAUACCUUGUUCAAGGCAACUGGUUUCCCGUCUUGGGAAGGUCUCUUCUGGGAGAAGGCCAGUGGUUUCGAGGAGUCGAUGAAGUUCAAGAAGUUGACAAAUGCCCAGAGGAGCGGUCUCAACCAGAUUCCUAAUCGUCGUUUCACGCUUUGGUGGUCACCUACCAUCAACAGAGCCAAUGUCUACGUUGGUUUCCAAGUGCAGUUGGAUCUCACUGGUAUCUUCUUGCACGGCAAGAUUCCUACUCUCAAGAUCUCCCUGAUCCAGAUCUUCCGAGCCCAUUUGUGGCAGAAGAUCCACGAGUCAGUGGUCAUGGAUCUUUGCCAGGUCUUCGAUCAGGAGCUUGAGGCUCUAAGCAUCGAAUCGGUCCAAAAGGAAACCAUUCAUCCCAGAAAAUCUUACAAGAUGAACAGCUCCUGCGCGGAUAUCCAGCUCUUUGCCAGCCACAAAUGGAACGUCACUCGCCCAUCGCUCCUUUUCGAUACCAAGGAUGUCAUCGAGUCUACUACGACAAACAAGUUCUGGAUUGAUGUUCAGCUUCGCUAUGGUGACUACGACUCUCACGAUAUUGAGAGAUACGUGAGGGCCAAGUAUCUGGACUACACCACCGACAGCAUGAGUCUUUACCCAUCUCCUACCGGUCUCAUGAUCGGCAUCGAUCUGGCUUACAACUUGUACUCUGCCUACGGUCAAUACUUCCCAGGCUUGAAGCUCUUGAUCCAGCAGGCCAUGGGCAAGAUCAUGAAGGCAAACCCUGCGCUCUACGUUCUUCGUGAGCGUAUCCGCAAGGGUCUGCAGCUCUACGCCUCCGAGAGCAACCAGGAGUUCCUGAACUCGCAGAACUACUCGGAGCUGUUCAGCAACCAGACUCAGCUCUUUAUCGAUGAUACUAACGUCUACCGUGUUACCAUCCACAAGACCUUCGAAGGUAACUUGACGACCAAGCCGAUCAACGGUGCCAUCUUCAUCUUCAACCCCCGUACCGGUCAGUUGUUCUUGAAGAUUAUUCACACCAGCGUUUGGGCGGGUCAAAAGCGUUUGGGACAGUUGGCCAAGUGGAAGACUGCCGAAGAAGUCGCAGCCCUUAUCAGAUCGCUACCCGUCGAAGAGCAGCCAAAGCAGCUUAUCGUCACCAGAAAGGGUCUGUUGGAUCCUUUGGAAGUCAAUUUGCUUGAUUUUCCCAACAUCUCCAUCCGCGCGUCCGAGUUGCAGCUUCCCUUCCAGGCCGCCAUGAAGGUCGAAAAGCUGGGUGACAUGAUCUUGCGUGCCACCGAGCCGCAGAUGGUUUUGUUCAAUCUCUACGACGAGUGGCUGAAGAGCAUCUCUUCCUACACUGCCUUCUCCCGUCUCAUUCUCAUCCUGCGUGCCCUGCACGUUAACCAGGAUAAGACGAAGCUCAUCUUGCGCCCCGACAAGACCGUCAUCACGCAGGAUCAUCACAUCUGGCCCUCGCUCUCCGAUGAGGACUGGAUCAAGGUUGAAACGCAGCUCCGCGACCUUAUCCUCAACGACUACGGCAAGAAGAACAAUGUCAACGUGUCCAGUUUGACUAGCAGUGAAGUCCGUGAUAUCAUUCUUGGUAUGGAGAUCUCAGCCCCCUCGCUGCAGAGGCAGCAGGCCGCGGAGAUUGAGAAGCAGCAGCAAGAGCAGCAGCAGCUCACCGCCGUCACUACCAAGACGCAGAACGUGCACGGCGAGGAGAUCAUUGUGACGACCACUUCGCAGUUCGAACAGCAGACGUUCGCCUCCAAGACCGAGUGGCGCACCAGAGCCAUCGCCACCUCGAACUUACGCACCAGGGCUAACAACAUGUACGUGUCGCCCGUGGAUAGUGACCUGGACGACGUGACCUAUGUCAUGCCCAAGAACAUCCUCAAGCGCUUCAUCGCCAUUGCCGAUCUCCGUGUCCAAGUCGCCGGUUACCUCUACGGUGCCUCGCCCGCCGACAACGACCAGGUCAAGGAGAUCAAGUGCAUCGUCAUGGUGCCUCAGAUCGGUGGUCUGCGCAACGUUCAGCUGCCUCACCAGCUUCCCCAGCACGAGUACCUCAAGGACAUGGAGCCACUCGGCAUCAUUCACACACAGUCGGGCAACGAGCUGCCGUACAUGUCCGCCAUGGACGUUACGGAGCACGCACGCCUGCUUGAUGCCCACCCGAAUUGGGACAAGCAAAACACACUUACCGUCGCCGUCUCCUUUACGCCCGGCAGCGUGUCGCUGUCGGCCUGGGCGCUCACGCCUCAGGGCUUUAAGUGGGGCGUGGAGAACAAGGACAUAGCUAGCGACCAGCCGCAGGGGUUCACAACCAGCAUGGGCGAAAAGCGCCAGCUCCUCCUCAGCGAGAAGUUCCGGGGCUUCUUCCUGGUGCCGGAUGGCGGCAAGUGGAACUACAGCUUCAUGGGCAGCGCGUUUGGAGGCCUGGAGAAAAAGCCGGUGCAUGUCAAGCUGGAUACGCCGCUGCCCUUUUACAGCGACCAGCACAGACCCAUUCACUUCUCGAGCUUCAACGAGUUAGAGGAUAUCUGGGUUGAUAGGCAGGAUAACUUUGCCUAAAAGAGGCAGUACGGUGUGUGUAUAUGUGUGUGAGAGAAGGCGAGCAUAAGAAUGUGCUGGUUAAAGUUUAUGACUAAAGAGCCGAGUGUAUAACGAGAGUGUACCGUUUAUUUAUCAUCCAUGUUUUCGCACGGCGUUCUGCAUUUGAGGCUAGGCCGUCUCACAAAUAUUUAUUUAACACAAAAGCGUGUUUUACAGUCUACGACAUGGAUAAAGGCAGGAUGUCGUCUGGUUUGGACUCGGCAAUAGUGGUUAGUUUUUAUAACAAUGAGCAUGUAUUUUUUUUGGUACGCA